CGGCGCGCCACAACCACGCCAAGGCCAAGGCCAAAGCGGAAGGCGGCCCGCGGAAACACGCACCCUCGCACCUCCUGAAACUCUGCGCACUUGCACUUGCCAAAUCAUCCAGUCGAGCCUCGAGCCUCAACUCUAAUCCUCAUAGCAUGGCUGAGGCUCAAGCUUAAAUGAUUCUACGGCAGCGUGCAUGCAGGAGCCCACGAGCCAUCAGCAUACAGAGGCAACCACUGGCGACGACGACAUGUCUCUCACAAUCUGCCCUGCACCGACUGGGCCAGCCUCUGCAGACCUACAUCUCCACCUCGCGUGACCCGUACUUGAACCUUUCCAUAGAGCACCACCUGCUUCAGAAGUCUCCGCCUGACUCGGCAGUGCUCUUUCUCUACGUCAACAGGCCCAGCGUCAUCAUCGGACGAAACCAGAACCCAUGGCUCGAGGUCAAUCUGGCCCUCCUCCACGCUGGUCGGCAAGCCCUGCCAACCGAGCCACCUGGAAUUGGGGCUGUCGACUUGGUGCGCAGGCGCAGUGGAGGCGGCACCGUCUUUCACGACGAAGGGAAUGUCAACUGGACAGUCAUCUGUCCUUCGUCAUCUUUCACGCGUGACAAGCACGCAGAAAUGGUCGUGAGAGCACUCCGUAGCCGCGGCAUUGAUAGAGCCAGAGUCAAUGCACGACAUGAUAUUGUGAUGGACCAGGGUCAGCGUGGCCCUGAUACAGACCCUAACGAUACGCACAGCACUCCGUAUGAAGCAACAGAUUUCGACACCCCUCGACCAUUGAAGGUGUCUGGUUCUGCAUACAAACUGACCGGGAAGCGAGCGCUGCACCACGGCACAUGCUUGCUAAACAGUCCCAACCUCAACGUCAUCCCGGAUUACUUGCACUCGCCCGCAAAACCCUUCAUGACUGCGCGUGGUGUUGAAAGUGUCAGCUCCCCUGUUGGCAAUAUUCUGUUGAGCAAUGAAGAUUUCGUUGGUGCUGUGCAAGCGCGCUUUGCCGAGGAGUACGGGCUAUCUCCCGGCGAGGAGGCAUUCGCAGUUGGAGAUGAGUGGCUUGAGGACGGAAAUGUCAAGCAGGGCUACGAUGAGCUGAAGUCACUGGAUUGGAUGUACCUUCAAACGCCACAAUUCACAAUCAGUGCUGAUGCUGCUCUUGCUCGCGAGCAGUCUCUGGACAUUUCUGUCCGAUAUGGUGCCAUCAAUGGAGUCGCACUGGAUGGCUCGCCAUUAUCUGAGAAGGACCAGGCCGCUGAGAUACUCUUCGGGCAGAGGAUUCACGAGAUCAAGUCAUGGACGGAAGUACUAGGACGAGCGGGCCUACUGCCUUCAAGGUGUUCUCAGGUCCCUUCGAUAGCUCAAUGGUUCGAGCGUAUGCUACCGCGAGUGCAAUAGUUCUAAGAG